AAUUGACAACGGAUAACAUUGUUAUGUCAUUCAAUGGGGGUUUUUCAGACCCUAAUAAGAAAUUUGUCAGCAAGAAUGAAACGUUGAAGUGUAACCGGACUUUUACAUCGUUGGAUAUUGGUCCGCGAUCGCCUGCCCCGGAUAUAGUAAACUGCAGUAUCAGUCUUCCAAACUUCGACAGGCAGCUGGAAAACGCAGACAGACUGACCGUGACGUUCAGAACUAAGAGCGGUGGAUAUCGUGAGGUGGUGGAUGCCCAACGUCCUGGUAUAAUAAUCGAGACGGACGAUUUCGAGGGACAGUGGAGGAGCAAGGCAGUGGAGUUCCGUAUCGAUACAGCCCAACCAGAACACUGCAAACUCCACAGUGAAUCGUGUACAGAUAUCAUCUUCAGUGUGGACAAUGACAUCCACGUGACUCAGUUCACCCGUGAUAGUAAACUUACAUGUUGGGCACUAGAACAAACGAUACGAGGAGAAAACAGUCUACCUAUUCCAAACCUUCUGGCGAUUUUUCGGAUAGAAGAGUCGUCCUGUUUCUUAUUAAAGCUUGGUAUGUUCACCAACAGUAAGUUCGGUAGCAUGGUGAACGCGGAAAUACUUACAUAUGAACAUGAUAGGCCAGAGGUCAGAGUUAUAUGA